UGCACACACAGCGCUGCCUAACAGACAGACAGCCAGCCACUAAGAGACGCAGACACACACACAGGCCACACACAUUGUACGGUAGGUACCCACACACGGAGCCAACCAGUCCCUCAACCUCCCCCAUCCACAGCCCUCUUAUCGCAUCGCGCUGGCCACUUAUAUAUCUUUCUCACUCACUGCCCCUCAGUCCCCUCACCCCACAGCCAUCCCCUCGUCGAGCAACACACUCCCCCCGGGCUCCCUCGUCAGCUGCUGCCCCUCGUGUGGAUGUGUGGCGCUGAUGGCGCUGUGACAUUUGUGUCGGCUGCCGAGGUGGAACAGCUGGCUGAGGUUGAUCUGGGGCUGGCAGAGGUAUGUGUUGAAGAAGCGCCGCCAUGCGUCGGCCAGAUGGUGGUCGUUCAUCAGCUGAAUCGGCAGCUCGUGGAGAAAGGCCAACAGCAGGGGGUACGAGGGGCUCUCACGGCUGAUAUAAGGAGGGAGGGGUGUGGUGAGACGAGACAGCACAGCACAGCACAGCACACAUGGAUGGGAUCGACGAACAGCUCAGCUGCUCUGCUUGUGUGUCGCUUCUUGCUCGUUUGUUUCUGUGCUGACUGACCGUUCGACUAUGGUUUUGACGCUGAGUGUGAGAGACUCCCUAUAAGGACAACCGACCGACACCCAUCAUCGGUGUGCAUGCCAUGCGUUGUCUCCCCAGUCCCCUUGCCCUCUCCACUCACCCAAGCUGCUUUUGGACUUCGUCGCUGAAUGCCAUGGUCAGCCGCCCUUUGACGCCUUCGUCAACACCAACACCAACACCACCACCACCACCAGCUACAACGUCUCCUCCCCUGCCCCCAAUCUCACACACAGCCAUAUCCCCCUCCAGCCCCUCCCCAACACCAAGACGACCCCCCCAACGAGCAACAUCCCCAGGAUGGCCGCUCUUCUGUCGCUUCAUCAUGGCCAGGUCCUUCAUCAUGCUCUCAAACGGCCGCUUCGUCCCGUUCACCGCCAAACCACCCAGUCCACCCUUGUGCUGCUGCUGCUGCUGCUGCUGCUCGUUGGUCAGAUCGAUCACAACGGGCGAUACAGAUGAGCCGGGGGCAGAGACGGGGCCACCGUGAGAGGGUGAGGGGAAGGGGCCACCAGCACCACCACCGCUAGCAACACUGCCAGCAGCCACAGACGCCGGUGGAUGGGGGUGUGGAUGUGGGUGUGGGUGUGGGUUCCUCUGUCUGGCCUUGAGGAUCCCCCCCACGCCGCUCGAGUACUGCCUGGCCCCCUUGGCGAGAGGGGCGUACAGGCGGUCCAGGUUGGCCGUCUCCGUGAUGGACGCGAAGCUCUCAAGCAGCCACUGCUCCUCCUCGGGCGAACCAUGGUGGCCGACCUUCUCGCCACUCCUCGGCGACUGCGAUGGCGAGAACAGGUCACCCAGAGUCUCAAAACGCAUGUCGCCUCUACCCAGUGACGGCCUCGAGGGGUGGAGGUGGUGGUGGUGGGCGAGCCGCGGGGGCGGAGCGGAUGGCGGGGGGAGGGGGCGGUUCUUGGCUGUGGGUGAUGUGGUGCCUGGAGCGGUGCCUAGAGGGAGGAUGGGAGUUAUCUUCACCUUCUUGGCCCCACCACGACCGCUGAGCUUGGUCUUCUUCUUGGAGCCGCCCGCGCCGCGCCGACUGGCGGAGGGCCUGCCGCGACGGCUCAGUGCGCGGGCUGCCACAAGCUGCUCGCCGCGGCACCUCUGGAUGAAUCGGUCGAUGUCAGCGAUGUCGCGGGGGGUCAGCUCGCUAUCAUCGGACAUAUCCACCGUCACCUUGCUGAAAACCCGGCGACGCUUGCGAAACUUCACCAGAGAAGACAACCACAUGUGCUGUGCAGAUUGCCUUGGGCGUGUGUGUGUGUUCAUCCGAGUGCGUACCUUCUCGAAGAUGCGGCGCUCGGAGCAGAUGAUCAUGCCGUCCUCGUCGGGGCCAUCCUCGUCCUCCCCCUCCCUGUCCCCCUGUCCCUCGCUAUCAUCGUCAGCUUUGUCGCCCUUGUUGCCCGCCGGCUUCUUCUUACGUGUCUCCCUCUCCCUCUCGACGGUCGCUAUCUUCUCCUCCUUGAUGUCUUUCGGCUGCUGCUCGGUGGGCUGCUGCUCGGUGGAUGGGGGGUGGGGGUGUGCUUGCGAGCACAGCUGCCGCAGGGUGCCGAGGUCCUGCUUGAUGGUGGACAUGGGCAGCUCCACGCGGAUCUGCCGCUGCCCCUUGCGCAGCAGCGUGAGGUCACGAUACUUGCGACUGCCGCCAAAUGGGGGGAGGUUAAGGAAGCCGAUGCUGCCGUGUGUGCCGCUGUUGGUCCUGGUGGCGGGGACCUUCUUCUUUUUCUUGGGCUUGCGCGGCUGCUGGGAGAGCUGGGGGUGGUGGGGGUGGUGGGGCUGCCGGUCCUCGGUAUUGCCCGACUGCACGCUCUCGUUUCCCUCCCGUUCGUCAGCAAAUGGGUGCAUCAUGUCCGUCGUCACGUCCUCGACAGAUGACGGCGGGUCGGUGGCAUGCACCUCCGAUGGUGAGAAACACUCCACCACACCCGUAUCGGCAGACCGCACCCGGACGAGCCACUCCGUUCCCCUCUCCCCCUCGGUCUGCUCGACGGCCACCACCUCGCCCUUGCCCCCUCCCAGCACCCACACCCACAUGCCGCACCGGAUCUCGUCCCCAGAGCUGUCGACAGCCGCCGUCAGCUGCUUCUGCCGCGUCUUGGCUCGCGUCUGCGUACCCUGAGGGUGGAUGGUGGUGUGGAGGUUGGCCUGGUGGUCCUUGAAGAUGCGGACCAAGUCGACGGGCGCGCUGGAUAACGGGUGCCACCCUGCGCGCCUGUAUCUGACGAUGGGAAGGUUGAGCUGUGGGUCGAGAUGCGUGUCGAUGAGGCGCCCGAUGUGCGACACAGGCUCGCUGGGAUCGGCCACCUGGAACACCAAGCGGAGACAGUGUGCGGGUGUUGGUUGCGUGUUUGGUUGGGGAGAGGAUUGGAGAGAGGAGGGAGGGGGUGACAUACAUGUGUACGUACGUACCUCGAUGAGUGUGCCCUGCUGCAGCCUUUUGAUCUUCUCCCAAUGCUUGAACGUCGCCUCACUCAUAACCCGCUCGGCCCUACGCUUACCGUCCCGCCCCUCCCGCCGCACAUUCCCCUCUCCCCCUCUCAGACAGGCACCUCCCUCGGCUGCUGCUGAAGCCUUCUUCUGGCUCUCCCCCUCUCCGUCAUCCCCGUCAUCCCCGCCAUCACGCUCGCGCUCACGCCUGCCUGCUGGUCGCUUCGGGUCGCCUUUGUUGCCGCCCUCCUUGGCUUCUCUCUUGCCUUUGCGUGGCUUUGCGGCCUCGUCGCCGGGGAGUGAUGACGUGCACGAGCGCGGGGCGGUGUGGGGGGCCGAGGGUGGGUGCGAUGAGGGGCUGGACGAGCCGAUGCGGAGGGGCUUCUUUUGCUGGGGGUGGUCGUUGGGACCGUCAUCUGACUCCAUCCGCGUGGGUUUGCGCCUGGACGAAGAAGAGGGGACAUGCAAUGAGUAGUGAAUAAAUCCAUCUUGUGUCCGUCAGUCAGGUGGGAGGUGAGGGGCUGGCUCACCCACCUACCUACCUCUGUCUGGCGUGUUUGGCCGUGAGGCAGACCUCUGCGUCCCACCCGGUGCCGAGACGCACAUGCUCGGCAGAUAUCUGCACAUGCAGAACAAAACACACACACCAGAUAUAUCAGAGCCAAGGACAUUCCGUGUCUGUCUGUGCUGUGGCGGCCGGCCAUUUGGCUUACUUACCGUGAACUCGAUGCUCCUUGCGUAUCCCAUGAUGCGAUGGCGCACCUGCCAGCCCCCAUCCUUGUCUUUGAAUAGACCGCUAAACAUCCCAUUCUGACGGACAGACGUGAACAGCAAAGACAGAAGCCGGGCCGGGAGGGGAUGUGAUGUGUGGUCUGUUCUUCAACCUUUGCAACCAACUGUGUGUCUUUGUUUGUACCUCCAGUGUGCCCGAAUCGUAACGAAUCUGAAUCUUGUCACCUGACCGACAAGACACGCACACACAACCAGCAUCCUUCGCUUCACACGGCCUCCCUCCUCUCUCCCGGCCCCCAUAGCCCCCACCCACCUAUCUUGAGGUUCUUGAGCUCUGCCGGUGCGUCGUUGUCCUCAUCUCCCUCCUUCUUGACCUCCUGUAUCCCCUUCUCCACCAGCAGCAUGGUAUCGUUGGUCGCCAUCCCACCGCUCACAGAUGAUGAGUUCCCCUCAGCAUCUGCGGCUGCUGCAGCGGAAUCGUUGGCACAUGCAUCUAUGGAACACACAUAAUGGGAGGCAGGGAGAUGGGCCAAAUGGAGCCAUUCAGGCCGAGAUUCUGUUCUUUCUCUCGUCAUGCAUGGAGGGGAGGAGGGGUCAGGUCGGUGUGCGUCUGCUAUCGUGGCGUGUUAUGUACCUGGUUCUCCCUCCUCCGUGACGGCGUUGUCUUUACUCUGACUGCGUAGCCGAGGGCUGCUCCUCUCAGGCUUCGGACCUUCGCUUGGCUUCCUGUCCUUGGCCUUCUUGGCCUCACUGCGCCCCUUCUGAGGCGCUGCCGCCGUCGACCCGACAGACCCCUCGUCGCCGCGCUUCGCGCCUGGUAGCCAGAGGAACCCGCCACACGUGACCACUCAUCCGCAGCAAGUACACAAGAAACGCACCACAGCACAUGUGUCAGCAUGCAUUCGGGCUUACUGAGGCGAGUGGAGGCCCUGCGCUUCUCCAUGGAUGGGCAAGAAGGUACCCUCUGCGGGCUGCAGCGGCUCACGAGGUUCGCCUGGCGGUGGUGGAUGCGGGCAGAAAAAAGCUCAGCAUGGGGACCGCUGGCAGUACAAUUGCCUCUUUCACAACAGUCUAUGCUCUCUAUGCUCGUUUGCGGAAGAUGGAACUGGACGAACCGGCGGCAGUCUCACAGCUCUCAAGCGUCAGAAUACGAAUGUGCCAGGCACGGAGCUGAGGAUCCUUGCACACUCUGCGACUCCCGCGUCGCGCGACUCUGCUUCGCCGCCGAGGGAAGUCGUUCCUCCGUG